AUGGAGCCGCACAUGGAGAGCGCGCUGCGGGAGGGCGUGACGGAGGCGGAGCGGCGGGAGCUGGAGCCCGUGGUGCGCGCGCACCACACGUUCCCGGGCCGCGCGCCGGGCCGGACGUGCACGUCGCUGGUGACGCAGCGCGUCGACGCGCCGCUCGCCGCCGUGUGGCCCAUCGUCCGCGGGUUCGCCACCCCGCAGCGGUACAAGCACUUCAUCAAGUCGUGCGAGCUGGCCGCCGGCGACGGCGCCACCGUGGGGAGCGUCCGGGAGGUCGCCGUCGUGUCGGGCCUCCCGGCGUCCACCAGCACCGAGCGCCUCGAGAUCCUCGACGACGACCGCCACGUGCUCAGCUUCCGCGUCGUCGGCGGCGACCACCGCCUCCGCAACUACCGCUCCGUCACCUCCGUCACCGAGUUCCCGCCGGACGACGGGCUGCGGCGGCGCCGGCCCUACUGCGUCGUCGUCGAGUCCUACGUCGUCGACGUCCCCGAGGGCAACACCGACGAGGACACCCGCAUGUUCACCGACACCGUCGUCAAGCUCAACCUCCAGCAACUCGCCGCCGUCGCCACCACCUCCGCUGACCACCACCAUCUACCUUACCGUGCACAAACUUGAUGAGAAUGAUUUACUCAUCAGACAAAUCCAAUAGCUGAAAUUAUUUAUAUCAAAUCGGAUGGUCCACGUUUCAUCUAUCAUCUUUCUAUUUACUGGCCCUCAAAAUCAAGUGUAAUUUCUAUCCAUCCUCUCUACGUUAAAUUUAAUGCAUUAAAUCCCGGUCAAAUAUAGAUCCAAAAUUCAAUGUCAUAAAAAGACCAGAGUGAGUAUUACAAUUACAACCAUAUUAGAUCUUGGUCAAAUCUUCGUUCAAUAUUUCGUAGUUUUAAAGUUUUUAUGCAAAUA